GUGAAAGUAAAAUACAUCGGGCUGUCUUAUGCAAGAGGAAACAUCUUAACACGAAUAUCAAAGUGUUGAGUUUCCUUCAUUUAGAUUUUCUCGAUGGAUCCUCAAAGAAAUCGACAUUAUGAAGACCACACAUCUUUAGAUGCAUUUCCUGAUUCAGUCCAGAAGCACAGACCAGAGUCAUCUGAACCCAGCUGUGUGUCCAUGAAGAGUGACCGGUCAAUGGAUCCUCCACGUAACUUAAGAGGACACACUGGUCCUAGAAUUAGUUCAGUCCAGCAGCACAGACCAGAGUCAUCUGAACCCAGCUGUGUGUCCAUGAAGAGCGACCGGUCAAUGGAUCCUCCACGUAACUUCAGAGGACACACUGGUCAUAGGUUUAGUUCAGUCCAGAAGCACAGACCAGAGUCAUCUGAACCCAGCUGUGUGUCCAUGAAGAGCGACCGGUCAAUGGAUCCUCCACGUAACUUAAGAGGACACACUGGUCGUAGGUUUAGGCAUAUUAUUCACCUCAAGUUAUUCAGAUCAAAUGUGAGGAAGAAGUUUGAGUGUCUGUGUGAGGGAACAGUGAGGCAGGGAAUCCCAACACUGCUGAAUGAGAUCUACACAGAGCUGUACAUCACAGAGAGUGAGAGCGGAGAGAUCAAUAAUGAGCAUGAGGUGAGAAAGAUUGAGACACAGUCCAGGAGAGCAGCAAGAGAGGACACAGCCAUCAAAUGCAGAGACAUCUUCAGACCUUUACCUGGACGAGACAAACCCAUCAGAACUGUGCUGACAAAGGGAGUCGCUGGCAUUGGAAAAACAGUCUCUGUGCAGAAGUUCAUCCUGGACUGGGCUGAAGGGAAAGAGAAUCAGGACGUCCAGCUCAUAUUUCCACUUCCUUUCAGAGAGCUCAAUCUGAUGAAGGACAAAACACUCAGUCUUUUGGAUCUGUUGCAUAUUUUCUUUCCUGAAACCAAAGAAAUGAAACCAUUCAGUGGUGAAUAUAAAGUCAUCUUUGUUUUUGAUGGUCUGGACGAGUGUCGUCUGUGUCUGGAUUUUCAGAGCAGUGUGAGGUUGUGUGAUCUAAGGGAAUCAGCUUCAGUGGACGUGCUGCUGAUGAACCUGAUUGUGGGGAAUCUGCUCCCCUCUGCUCUCAUCUGGAUCACCUCCAGACCAGCAGCAGCUGAUCUCAUCCCCUCUGAGUGUGUCCAUCGAGUGACCGAGGUACGAGGCUUCAGUGAUCCACAGAAGGAGGAAUACUUCUGGAAGAGAAUCAGUGAUCAGGGUCUGGCCGAGAGGAUCAUCUCACACCUGAAGUCAUCAAGGAGCCUCUUCAUCAUGUGCCACAUCCCUGUCUUCUGCUGGAUCUCAGCCACUGUUUUAGAGAAGAUGAUGAGUGAAGCAGAGACUGGAGAAAUUCCCAAGACUCUCACUCAGAUGUACACACACUUCCUGAUCAUUCAGACCAACAUCAAACAUGAGAAGGACUAUGAGAAGAAAGUCAAAGAUGAAGACAUGAUCCUCAAACUGGGGAAACUGUCUUUCCAGCAGCUUGUGAAAGGUAACCUGAUCUUCUAUGAGGAAGACCUGAGAGAGUGUGGCAUUGAUGAGACUGAAGCAUCAAUGUACUCAGGAUUGUGCACUCAGAUCUUCAGAGUGGAGUUGGGCUUGUAUCAGGGGAAAGUCUUCUGCUUUGUUCAUCUGAGCAUUCAGGAGCAUCUCGCAGCUCUUUAUGUGCUGCUUUCGUUCCUGCUGGACAAGAGGGACGAGCUCAAUGACAACUUCAGCUCAAAACGUCAUCAUGAUUUCACAUGUCAAACAAUAUCUGACCUGCAUCAGAGAGCCGUGGACAAGGCUUUACAGAGUAAGAACGGACAUCUGGACCUUUUCCUCCGAUUUCUUCUGGGUCUCUCGCUGGAGUCCAGUCAGACGCUUCUGAAAGGUCUUCUGACACGCAUUGUAAACAUCCCGUUCAGUGAGGAGAAAACAGUUGAAUACAUUAAAAUAAGAAUAAGACUGAAUCCCUCACCAGAGAAAUCCAUCAAUCUGUUCCACUGUUUAAAUGAACUCGGUGACCAGUCUCUCGUCAGUGAAGUCCAGAAGUAUCUCACAUCUGGAGAUCUGUCAGGAGCCAAACUGUCCUCGACACAGUGGUCAGCGGUUUUCUUUGUUUUGUUGACCUCAGAACAGUUGGAUCAAUUUGAUUUGAGUAAAUACAUAAGCAGAGAGCAAAACCAAAACCACAUGACACCUGAUCAACUUCUUAUGAAGCUCUUGCCUGUCGUUGAAGCCUCCAGAACAGCAGAGUUGAGAUAUUGUGGGGUCACAGAUGAAGGUUGUUCUGCUCUGAGUUCAGCUCUGAGAUCAAACUCCUCACAGCUGAGAAAACUGAAUCUAACUAGGAAUAAUGUAGGAGAUACAGGAGUGAAGAUGAUCUGUGAUGCACUGAAGGAUCCUCACUGUAAACUGGAGAAACUGAGGUUGAAUAGUUGUGACAUCACAGAUGAAGGUUGUUCUGCUCUGAGUUCAGCUCUGAGAUCAAACUCCUCACAGCUGAGAGAACUGGAUCUGACUGGGAAUAAAGUAGGAGAUGCAGGAGUGAAGCUGAUCUCUGAUGCACUGAAGGAUCCUCACUGUAAACUGGAGAAACUGUGGUUGAAUAGUUGUGGCGUCACAGAUGAAGGUUGUUCUGCUCUGAGUUCAGCUCUGAGAUCAAACUCCUCACAGCUGAGAGAACUGGAUCUGACUGAGAAUAAAGUAGGAGAUGCAGGAGUGAAGCUGAUCUCUGAUGCACUGAAGGAUCCUCACUGUAAACUGGAGAAACUGUGGUUGAGUAAGUGUGGCGUCACAGAUGAAGGUUGUGCUGCUCUUAGUUCAGCUCUGAGAUCAAACUCCUCACAGCUGAGAGAACUGGAUCUGUCAUGGAAUGAUCUAGAACAGUCAAGUUUGAACCUGCUCUCUGCUUUAAAAGAUGAUCCAUGUUACAAACUGGAGAAACUGAUGUACUAAACAUGGAGAAUAUGGAUCAGGACAGACACAUUGAAUCCAACAGAUUCAUCAGAACUGAAGUCAAUGAUCAAGCGCUGAUGUGUGUGAGUUACAGGAGUUUAGAGACACUUUCACUAUUACUUGGAUUUUAACAACAGCAACUGCGCACAGACAAACCCCAAAGUUUGUAAAGGGUCUGCUACUUUUAUUUGAUUUUAUUUUAUCUACUCACAAUAAAAACUCAAAGCUGCAGAAAAACAGGAUGCUCUUUCUGAUGCCUCCAAUCUCCUUUUUAUCUUAAAAAUGAACAAUGUAGAUAAGCAUGUACAUGUUUUUUUUAGUUAUGAUAUUUCAGACCUUACAUUGCCAUUUACACCUUACAUCAGACAGCAGAGGAUUUGUAAUAUUUAGAAUGAAAUAUGUUUUGCUUGAUAUAUAAACACCUUUUUAAUAUAUCUAAAUAUCGAAAAACAAGUAUGUGUAUUUUACACUGUAUGAUAUGAUAAAAUCUAAAUUGUAUAUGUUGUAUGAGAUGUGUGUGUGUAUAUAUACUAAUAUUAUUGUAACAAUUUGUUCUUAAUACAGUGUAAUGACACUGUAGUCAUUAAUAAUAAUAUCACCAGGACCUAAAACACAUCUGAGGAUUAAGCUCUGAUAUGUUUAAAACAAUCUUUAUUAGGGGUGUAACGGUACGUGUAUUCGUAUCGGAUCGUUUCGGUACAGGGCUUUUGGUACGGUGCACGUGUGUACCGAAUGCAAUAUUUUGUGGGAGAAACAUAUGCAUUUUCGUGUUUCUAAACGAACAUAUUAAGUGGCGGAAGUCUCCGCGUUCAGCGCAAAUCCUGCCCUGCAGCUUAUUCUAAGGCCGGUGACACACUGGCUGCGUGGCGUGUGCAUGGCUUUUCUGCUGCGUGACGGCUGCUUCGCGUUUUCUGUGUCUUUUACACACCAGAAUCGUUCCUGACGCGGCGCUGGUGUGCUGCUGCUACUGUAGGUGACA